AUGCUACUGCUGCUGCAUUUGCUCAAAGACCACCAGCAGAGCAAAAACCAAGCCAACCAACAACAACAACAACAUCAGCAACCGAAAAGAGAGGAAAAGAAGGAUAAUACGCGCCCAAUCAGUAGUACACCAGUGAGCGGUACCGCGUGGUGUGUGGUGUGGACCGGCGAUGGCAAGGUGUUCUUCUACAAUCCAUCAACGAAAACAUCGGUAUGGGAAAGGCCUCCAGAAAUGUAUGGAAGAGCUGAUGUUGAUCUGCUUGUAAGCAAGUGUCCUGAAGUAAAGAAAGGUUCGCUUUCCUUUUCAAUGGCAGGGAAUAUGAAAGAUGAACCAGAGAAGCCUGCUCGAGAGGGUGGUGAGUCUGAUUCUGGGUCCGAUGAUGAUGAUGACGGUGAAGGACCACCGAAAAAGAAGAGUCGAUCUGAACGCAAAAAGGAGGCUCUGUUGGCGCAGCAGAAAAAGGAGAAGGAAAAGCCUGUUCGGCAAAUGCUUGAAAAGCCAGUGGACCCAGCUGUGGCAGCAGAGUUGCAAGCUCAGCGUGAUCGCGAGAAA